AUGUCGGCGGCGGCCUCGCUUUCCGAGCUCCCCGCCUCCGCCGGCCCAGUCGCAGAAGAUUUUCGGGAGGUUCCUGAGCAAGCGCCGGCGUCUGCGACAGAAGAACCGAAGAUGAAUGUGCCUGCAACUGCCUCUUCGUCUUCACCUGGAAAGAGCCUCACGCCUGGAGAGACUGCGCUCCUACAAAGUCGACAGCUUGCGCAUCAUCACCACGCCGAUGGGGCCGCGAGCUACACGUUUCCCCCCAUGACCGAAAGCGAACUGGACAACUUCGGAUGGCAGUGGUCUCUCGACGUUCACUCACCGCCCCAUCCAACCUGUCUCCCCGUCGAGGCGCUCAAGCAUAAACCAAGUGCCGAUGAAAUCUUCAAAUACUUCUUCAAGGGGACUUCGAAGGAAGUAUGCAUUCGGCAAGUCUUCUUCCACACGCCGCUGUCGGAGGACGAACAGGAAUGGAUUGCUCAGUUCCGCGCUCUCUGCGUCGAGCGCAAUUGGGCCAUUCCCUACUUCAUGGAGCCUCAACUCCUCCGCGUUCUGUGGUUCUGCAAACGCAAAUACCCCGACGACGCACUCAACAAGAGCUUCGAGCAUGCGCAGCAGAUGGUUGAGUGGCGGCGUGAAUUUUACCCGCUGAGUGACGCAGAGCCACAUCUCGCCGAACUUUUGAAACUCGGCGUCAUGUACUGGGUGGGGCGUGACCCCUCCCUGCGGCCUUUGCUGAUUGUCAGACUGUCGCGGCUCCCAAAGACAACCAGCCCGGAACUCUUCAAAAAGCUCACGAUCUUCUGCUUCGAAUGGGCUCUCCGAUUCCUCAUGGUUCCUGGCGUCGUGGAGACCUGCGUUGUCCUCUUCGACGUGCGGGCCGUACCACUCCACCAGUUCCCGAUCAGCGCACUCACCGACAUGGUCAACACUCUGACGAAGCAGUUCCCUUUCCGGCUCCAUCGCAUGUGGAUCAUCAACGACUCCUUCUUCGUCCAGACGGUCUGGAGCAUCGCGAAGCAAUUCCUCACAGAAGUGCAGCAACAGAAAAUGAAGAACGGGUUUGAAUCGGAGCUUCUCAAAGAGUACGCGCCGCACCAGCUGGAGAAGCACUACGGAGGCUCACGCGAUGAGAUUCGGGAUUUUUACCCCUUCCCGCUCGCCCCCGGCCCUUUUAACACCGACGCCAAGGCGCCCACAGAGACUCUCCCCUCCGAGCCCCCGAUGCUGGCGGUCGAUCGCUUCACCUCCUUCGGUGUCGUCUGGGAAGGCGCGUGCACGCUGCCAAUUCAGUGGAGCUUCGAGGCGUCUCGCGUCUAUCCUGCAUGCGGCCUUCCAGCGCCGGAUGCCCCCGUCACGCUGGCCGAUCAGGCGACCGCAGAGGCCCUCGCCGCUGUGGAGGCGGCGACGCACAAGGCGCGGACCGUGUCCAUAAAAACGCACAAAUCGACGACUCUGCGCAAGAAGUCGUCCGUUUUUUCCAUGCUCAAACGCCAGAGCUGUUCGCUUGUGACGGCUGGGGCCACCCCGCAUGCAGACCCCCACGCGAGCGCGCCAGACGCCGCUUCGGAAGCUCUCGGCGACCGAGGCGAGAAGGCGCAUGCAGAGAAGGAAGCGAGCGGCGGAGAACAGGGCGAGACUGGGAAAGAGAGAGGCGAGAAGGAAGGGGAGGGAGAUGGACAAGCGCCAGGAGAGACGGGGCCCUUGCCAGAAGCUGCGGAGGCUCCUGGACUCGUGGGAGGCUCUAUCAGCAGGCGGCUGUCCAAGCCUGCAGAGUCACUGCGGGCAGUCGACAGCCAAGCGCCGAACAGCGAGGGCGCGGCCGACGCGAAAAGCGAGGAAAAGGACACGGCCCCGGCGGCUGUCGAAACGGCGAAGGACGAUGCCCCAGCCGAGGCAGAAGCCGAGGUUGUCACGAACCAGGAGACUGGAGGCGCGGUGGAGUCGAAGAACUCAACGGGCGUUUCGCCCAGCUGUCCCCCUGCCGAAAAGGUCAAGGCCAAGAAGUGCUGUGGCGCAUGCAAGAUUCAGUAG